AUGGCUACACAAAAAGAACAGCGCUUAAAGAUUUUGAACGCAAAAAAGGAGCAAUAUUUCGCUGGUCUUCAACGCUUGUAUGAUAAUAGUAGGGACAUUUCAACGACUGAGAAAGUUGCAUAUUUUAAGAUGAGGUACGCAUCAUUAUCAGAAACCAAAUCCAAAUUAUUAGCAGUGGUAGACGAGAUCAAUCUUUUGCAAUGCGAGUUAGAUGAAGAAUUCGUUCCUAACUUUAAACUUAUAGAAACCAUUGACGAUUUAGUUUGUCGUAUUGAAUAUGUAGCAAUCAAGGUUAUCGAUAGUUACAGUACCCGUCCUACACCCGUUUCCACGGUGCGUCAAGACCGUAAAUCAAUUCGCAAAUUACCCGAAAUGCCUUUGCCUAAAUUUAGUGGUGAUAGUAAAGAAUGGCCUAGGUUUAUAGAAUGUUAUAAUAGUAUGAUCCAUAAUAAUCCCGAUUUAAGUGACGUUAAUCGCGUUCAUUAUUUGCUUGGUUGUCUAACAGAUAACGCCCUUUCGGUAUGUUCAGGUAUCGCACCUACAGGAGAAAACUAUAGAAUAAUUCUCAAUGCACUUAUAGAUAAAUACGAAGAUAAGCGUUCUAUAGCUAAUUCUCUUUUAGACCAAUUACUUACGUUCAAGCAGAGUUCAACAGAAAAUGUACAGUCAUUAGAUUCGUUUCUAGAAAAAUUUGAUCCAGCCGUAACUGCACUUCGCAAAAUUGAUAUACCAGACCUAGCAGAUUAUAUUUUCGCCUACUUAGCCCUGCAAAAACUUAAUCCAGAAACACAACGCUUGUUAGAAAAUACCCGUAGAAAUGUUGAAAUGCCCUCUUAUAAUGAUAUCAUCAUUUUUAUAAAGGAGCAGGCAAAAAUUUGUUCAAGAACUAGUAGUGUAGAAACAAAAACGUUUAAUAGCCAUGCAAAGGGUUGUGGCGACCAUGACAAUAUAGGUGGUUGUCUAGCUUGUCCGAAGUUUUUAGAAAAGACUCCCGAAGAACGCUACAAAAUUACACGCAGUAAUAAUUUAUGUUUAAAUUGCUUAGCCUUUCAUAAAAUUAUUAAUUGCAAAAGCAAUUAUAGUUGUAGAAUUUGCAAUCUCAAGCAUCAUACCUUGCUACAUUUUCAACGACAAGUAGAGUCGAAACCUUCCGAUAGUAAAUUAGAAAUUGCGAUAACAGACAGUUCGCUUCGCAACACUCAUUCUCCCAUUAGUAGUGGAACUUCCUCUGAUAGUGCCAAUUCUUCUUCCUUAAACUGUUAUUCAAUCACCCCUAAUAACGAUAUUUGUAAUAGUACGGUGUUACUCUCUACGGCCAAAGUUAACGUAUUAGACGUCUUUGGGAAUUUGCACGAAGGUAGAUUUUUAAUGGAUAGUGGCAGUCACGCCAAUUUCUUAACUUUAGAAUUUAGUCGUCGUUUAAAAUUACGCCCCUCUAUUUGUCAGACUACAGUUCUCGAAAUUGGGUCUAAUCGAAGCUUCGUACAUGGCCGGGCCAGCACAGUUUGCAUUUCCAAAAUUAAUGCAGCCCAACGGUUUACGCUGGACGUGCUCGUCGUCGACAAAAUUGCUGAUCAACUACCCACAUCUCAGGUCGAUCUAAGUGUUCUGACCUAUAUAAAGAAGGUUCCAUUAGCAGACGAUGAGUUUCAUGUUCCAGGCAAAGUUGAUGGAAUCAUUGGGGCUCAUUUAUUUGCCCAAUUGCUCGGUAGUCAACGCAUUACUGGUCCUCCGAAUACCCCGUUAGCCAUAGAAACAAAACUUGGAUAUGUACUAAUGGGAUGCGCACCUGUGGUUUCCCCAAUUGAUAAUUUACAUAGUUUUUUCCUUACUACGGAUUCCUCGCUUGAAACAUUAUUAAAGCGAUUUUGGGAGCUUGAAGAUGUACCCGCUUUAACAUUUGAAAAUCCGGAAGAUAUAGAGUGUGAAAACUUCUUUAAAUCAACUUAUAAACGGGAAGCGAACGGUCGCUACACCGUAGCUUUGCCCUUUCAAAUAGAUAGUUCCUUUUUAGGUGAUUCGUACGCCACUACCCACCGUAGAUUUUUAUCCCUUGAAAAAAGAUUGGAAAAGGAUGAGACUCUUAGGAUACAGUACUCGAGUAUUAUUCAAGAUUAUCUAACACAAGGUCAUAUGUCUAAAGUAAUGGAACAUUCACCCAUAGAGCCAAACUAUUUUAUACCUCAUCACGCCAUCUUUAAACCUGGGUCUAGCACAACGCCCGUCCGUAUUGUUUUCGACGCUUCGUGUAAAACGACGUCGCUUUAUUCCUUAAAUGAUAUUUUAUUCACUGGGCCUAAAGUUCAAUCGGACAUCUGUACAAUGUUGCUAAAUUUUAGGCUGUUUCAAGUUGCUCUCUCUGCUGACAUUCGGCAAAUGUACCGACAAAUUGACAUUCGCACGGAUCAUCGGAAUUUCCAGAAGAUACUUUGGAGGUUUUCGCCACUGGAACCAAUAGAAGUUUAUAGAUUAAAUACGGUAACCUUUGGAGUUAAAUGCUCCCCCUUUUUAGCCCUUAGAACUCUGCGUCAGCUCGCAAAUGAUGAAGAAUCGUCUUUUCCACUAGCGUCCCAAAUAGUGCGAAGAGAUAUGUACGUGGACGAUCUUGUGACGAGCAUACCUUCACCAAGCGUAGCCAUAAAAUUAUAUUCGGAGUUAAAGGAAUUAUUCAGUAGAGGUGGAUUUCAAUUACUAAAGUGGGCCACAAAUUCUUCAGCUUUGCGCGAAUAUAUUCCUACAGAAGAUAGUAUUACUAGUCCCAUAUACUUUGAGAAUGAUAGCCUUAAGGUUUUAGGUUUAGAGUGGAAUCCCACCUCCGACUUUUUGUCAUUCUCUUUCACCAUAAUGAGUCGAGCGUGUACAAAACGGAAUAUCCUGUCCACAAUUGCAAGAUGUUAUGACCCUCUAGGAUUCCUUGAACCGGUAACUUUGUUACUGAAGCUCCUGGUCAAAGAAUGUUGGACUCUACAAUUAGAUUGGGACACACCAUGUCCUCCCAAAUUUAAGAUACCUCGUUAUAUCGGCGUUACUUUGAAUCAGCCUGUAGUCAUAGUUGGGUUUGCAGAUGCGUGUUUAACCUCAUAUGGGGCAGUAGUAUAUCUUGUUAGUAUGGGAGAUAGAACUCAAGGACAUCAUCUCGUUGCUAAGACAAAGGUGUCCCCUGUAAAGGUUGUUACCAUACCGAAACUAGAACUUUAUAUUCGCAAACUUUACGCUUUGUCUGACUCUUCAGUCGCCCUUAGCUGGAUUGCUACUUGUCCCUCGAAAUUGCCAAUUUUCAUAGCAAAUAGGGUUGUUCAAAUUCGUUCUCAACUAGACCUCUCCUCGUGGUAUCAUGUAAACGGUAAAGAUAAUAUAAGUGAUUGUCUAUCUAGAGGUUUGACUCCUUACCAAUUCAUCAAUAAUCGAUGUUGGGCGAGUGGUCCGGAAUGGCUAAAAAUGGAUGUUUCGAAAUGGCCCAUUCGUACAGUCCACGCAAAAGAAAAUCAAUCAGAAAUGAAACUGUCCCUGGUGGCUUCUCAAGGCCAGGAAAAUCCAUUUUAUUCUUUAAUAGCACGUUGCUCGAAAUGGAUUAUAUCCGUCUUAGAUUUACGUACUGCAGAAUUAGCGCUGAUCAAAUUGAUACAACGCAAGCAUUUCUCAUCUGAAUUCGCUUUGCUCACAAAGGGGAUUCUACCACCUUCCUUACGACACUUGCGACCGUUUUUGAAUGACAAUCUUAUUAGAGUGGGUGGUAGGCUUAGUAAUUCAGACUCUGAGUUUGAUGUGCAACACCCUAUUUUACUUCCCAAAAGAGAGCACUUAGUAGAUCUUCUCAUCGAUCAUUAUCACCAGUUGAACUUACAUACGGGACCUCAUUUAGUGCUAUCUUUGCUACGACAGCGAUAUUGGAUACUUGCCGCUCGUGGUAUUAUUAGACGCAGAAUUCAAAAUUGUAACACCUGUUUUCGUUUAAAACCCAAACCCCAAAUUCCCAUUAUGGGAGACUUACCUGCCUGUAGGGUGCGACAAGCAAAGGCUUUUCUUCAUACCGGUUGUGAUUAUGCUGGCCCAAUUUCGAUCAUUCCCUAUCGACGAAGAGGUGUACGCCCAAUUAAAGCCUACAUCUGUUUAUUUGUCUGUAUGGCAACGAAGGCAGUCCACUUGGAAUUAGUCACUAGCUUAUCUACAGAUCAUUUUCUUCAAGCAUUUAAGCGGUUUCUUAGUAGAAGAGGAGUCGUUAUUGAAAUUCACUCCGACAAUGGGACCAAUUUUAUAGGCGCUAGGGCUUGUUUAAACGAACUAUACAAAUUCAUCUUAUCUCCAGAAUAUAAUGAUGCUGUCCGAAAUGAAUUAGCUAAACGGGAAAUUCAGUGGAAAUUGAUACCGCCCUCAGCACCACAUAUGGGUGGACUGUCAGUGGGAAGCAAACUCCAAAUUGAAUGUGUACUGAACUCUCGGCCUCUAUGCGUUCUUAGUUCUGAUCCGUCUGAACCCACCAUUUUGACUCCAGCGCAUUUUUUAACCUUAGGCCCUUUGACGCAUUUUCCGGCAUACGACUAUAGUAAUAUUAAUAUUAGCAGAUUAGAUCGGUUUCAACUCAUCGAUCGGAUGAUACACGAUUUUUGGAAAAGGUGGAAAUUAGAAUACCUCACAACUCUACAGGUACGAUCGCAAUGGAACACAGAACAUAACCCCGUGCAAAUUGGAACCAUUGUUGUAGUAGAACAGCCAAAUACUCCACCAUUGCAAUGGCCCUUAGGGAUUAUAGAAAAGGUGUAUCCUGGAAAAGAUCAAGUCGUACGAGUUGUAGACGUCCGUACCAAAUAUGGUACUUAUCGCAGACCAGUUAUUAAGGUUUGCCCCUUGCCUUCACAAUAG